AUGGACACAGUGGACUCGGGGAGCACAUCGGAGGUCGAGGACCAGUCCAAGACUUGGGGCUCUGAUGCUCGGACGCUUGUUCCACAGGCUGCGGACGAUGCGAGCAGUGCCAAUCCGCAUAGUGACUGUGGCAUCGGUCACCGCGUGUUGGCCAGCCGCUCGGUACUCGCUCUGGUCAUUGACGAGGAGUGUGUGUUUGCGGGCUUGCAAGGCGGAGAUAUUGUGGCCUGGUCUCUGGAUACCUAUGAGCUGAUUCUCUCAGUGCAUGCCCACGAAGAGAGUGUGCUGGGUCUUUAUCUCUCUGAGGAUGGCAAUCUUCUUUUCUCCAGUGGUGGCGACUCGGUAGUCAAUGUAUGGUCUACAAGAACCUUUGAGCGUUUAUACUCCAUCUACUCUCACCAUGACGUGGGCGACAUCUUCUCUGUGGUCUAUUCAUCAAGCAACCAAACCAUCUACUGCGGUGCUCAAAACACCAGUAUCCAAUGGUGCAACCUGUCAGAGGAGGGCUCGCUGAAUCACACCGCCGCCGCUCAUCCCUCCAAGCGCACCCAUCGCUUCUUCGACUCCCGAGGUCCAGAUGGAACCCGGGCUCCGCGAUCAUCAGACGGUGCCAGUGCCGUUUCAGAAGGUGGUCGCGUGCUCACCUUUAAGCGGGAUCACCACAAGCUCUUCGCCCAUCAUGGCUAUGUCUAUUCGAUGCUUCUGGUCAAAGGCUUGAUUGAGUCCGCACCUGGUGAGGAGGCCCUGCUUACCGGUGCCGGAGAUGGCGUUGUUAAGCUGUGGCGUUUGGGCCAGGAGCCUGGCGCCGCACCAACGCAAAUUGCCAAAUUGCAAAAUGGUGACUCGGUGCUUUCAAUUGCCGUGGAAGGAUCGCUGCUCUACUGUGGUCUUGCGGGUGGUGCUCUCAACAUUUGGAAUCUCGACUCCCAACAGCUUGUGAAGCGGAUUGUCCGGCAUACUGGUGAUCUGUGGGCUGUGCACGUUAUCCAGGGCGUUGCUAUCUGCGGUGAUGCGACGGGAACAGUCAAGAAAUUCAACUCUCGGUUUGAAGAAGUGGGUGGCUGGACCGCGCACGAGGGUACCAUGCUUGCCUCCGCAUUUAGCCGGGCCAAGGAUCGUCAGAUCUAUGCCACUGGUGGAAACGACAAUAGCGUUGGCAUUUGGGACUUGACGGAGUUCUUCCUCACCCAGGAAGAGCUGCCACCCAUUAGCAACGAUGAAAUGGUGAAUAGUCUUGCCAAAUUCGUCUCUUUCAAGACCAUCUCUGCUAGCCCGAAGUUCACGGGUGAAUGCAAUCAAGGCGCUGCAUUCCUCCGUCGACACUGCAACUAUCUCGGCGCAAAGACAAAGUUGUUGACAACCGGGGCGGACACGAACCCCAUUGUUUUUGCUCGGUUCAACGCGACUUCAACCGAUAAAGUCGACAAGACGAUUCUCUUCUAUGGGCAUUACGACGUCGUUGGAGCUGAUACGAACCGUCCGAAAUGGAAAUCGGACCCUUACCAGCUGACUUCCAUUAACGGUUUCCUUUACGGGCGUGGUGUGUCAGAUAACAAAGGCCCCAUCUUAGCAUCACUUUAUGCUGCGGCUGAUCUUGCCCGCACCAAGUCUUUGCGUUGCAACGUCGUCUUCCUCAUCGAGGGUGAAGAAGAGUCUGGCUCGCAGGGCUUCCACGAGACCGUGCGGGAACACAAGGCCGAGAUCGGACCCGUGGACUGGAUCCUGCUGGCGAACAGUUACUGGUUGGAUGAUUAUAAUCCCUGCCUCACUUAUGGUCUACGUGGUGUGGUUCAUGCCAAUUUGGUCGUGACGAGUGACCAUCCCGAUCUUCAUAGCGGUAUCGAUGGCAGUGCCUUACUCGACGAGCCGGUCAAGGAUCUUUCCAUCCUCGUGUCGACCCUGGUCGGACGCAAGGGCAAGAUCAAUCUCCCUGGCUUCCACGACCCAGUUCGACCCCUAACCGAGGCCGAACGAAAACGCUUCGAGGCUAUUGCCGAUAUCCUACUUCCUCAGCACCCAGAGAUCCCCGAUAGCCAAGCCCUGAUCAAAUCGCUCAUGUACCGCUGGCGCGAGCCAUCUCUGACUGUGCACUCAAUGGAAGUCCCCGGCAGCAAGAGCGGCACGACGACCAUUGCCCGCCGAGCCAAAGCCAGCUUGUCCAUUCGCAUUGUGCCCGACCAGCAAGCAGACGAGGUAGCCGCCAACCUGACAGCCUUUGCACAGGAGCAAUUCGAUCUCCUCGAUUCACAGAACGAACUCACCGUCGAGAUCACUGGCAAGUCCGACGCGUGGCUUGGAGACCCAGACAAUGAGAUCUUUGCUACGCUCUCCGAGGCCAUCACCGCCGCCUGGACACCCGACCAGCAAACCUCGAAACAUCAAUACCCCAUCCCGCAACUCGCCCCCGGCCAUACUGCCCCAACUUCCAAACCCACCGGCCCAGCCAGCCAACUUCUACGCAAUAAUUCCUCCGACAGUCUCGCCUCGCAUGUCGACCGCGUAAUCACUUCAACUACAACCUCUUCUGGUAAAGCAGCUGCUCGCAAACGCUCAACGCAAGGCACAGCCCCAGUCCCGACAUCCAACACACUCGCCAAAUCCACCUCCACUCCUUCCAUGGAAUCCACCACCCUUCCCAUUCGAGCCAAGGCAGACUCAGAGACCGAAUCGAACUCGUCCUCACCCUCACCUUCAGCCUCCAAGCAAGGAACCCCAGCUCUGCCUACCUCGUUGUCCGUGGCCGCCGUGAAACCCAUUUUCAUCCGCGAGGGUGGCUCUAUCCCCACCAUCCGGUUCUUGGAGAAAGAAUUCUCCGCGCCAGCGGCGAACUUGCCAUGUGGACAGGCUAGUGAUAACGCGCAUUUGGACAAUGAGCGCAUGCGUGUGGAGAAUUUGUAUAAGAGUCGGGAGAUUUUCCGGUAUGUUUUUGCGCACUUGGUCGAUAAGACGUGA